AUGAACAGCAUCAACAUGGAGAACGGCAAGCCAGUGAAGGAGGUGCUCCCUCUACCUCGCCACCCCACCCUAACCACUGUGCCCUCUUCAUCUGCAACCCUCAUCGCAACUAACAAAAAAUACACCACAGGCUCCAUACAGCAUGUGCAGGUGGCCUCAUCAGUGGUGACAUCGUUCAGCCAUCUGAAGCCUCCAGAGAAGGACGAGAGUUUGUUUGCUAAUAUGAAGUCUAUCAAGUCCUUGAGGCAUGCUGGCUUCACUGCCGUCUUCACUGGACAAACGGAUGAGAUGGAGGUACCUAUAGUUGAUGUCAUCCUGGCUGACAUCGACUCCCUGGUGCCCACUCAUGAUGAAGCCGGCCGGCCAAUCGCAGAGUGGAAAAGGCAGGUGAUGGUGCGUCAGCUGCAGGUCAGGCUGCAGGACGAGGAGGAGCAGAGGAGACAGCACCUGGCUAAUGGCUACAUACCAGUGGAUGGCUGGAAGUACUCCCAAGCCCACAAUGCGGUCCUGGGGCCCUUUGGCGAGCUACUGACUGAGGAAGACCUGGUGUACCUGCAGCGACAGAUUGAGAAUGUGUCAAUCCAGAAGCGUUGCCAGGCCUAUGAGCUAGAGCUGACCAGACUGACCGAGGAGCUGAGGGCUCUUUUACCUGAUCCUAUCGUUAGCAUUUCAGUAAACAAGGAGGUCCUACAACAGAUGGAUGCAGAAGGACACCUGCCUUUACCAGUUUGGUGCAGCCGUGUCUCAGAGAUUGUCAAGAGUAUGUCACUGCUACUGACCCACCUGACCAGCAAAGAGGGAGGAGGCAGCGCAACAUCUGGUGGUUGUAGGAUACCCCACAUUGGGAUGGCAUCAGCGUUCAGCCACCGUCUGGAAACCAACAGCUACAGUAGAGCUCGGAGGGAAAGGGUAGAAAGGGAGAUCCAACAGUCUGGGGUUUCGGUCCGAAACCUCAGAUCUAACUUUGAAGGCCAGAUUGGGGGGAUUUAUCCAUUCGCUGGGUUUGUGAACGGUUCACACAAACAAGACACCCAAGGAAGCCAGGGGUUGAAGAUGCGGAUAGAGGUGGGAGCACCUGAGAUAAACAACCAAAGUGGCAGCACAGGCCUUAGCUGUGAGGAAAACCACCAUUACAGUCCUAAACCAGGUGUACCUGUGAUGGAAAGUACUAGCUUAAGGAAAGAACGUAUAGUAGUGUUGUUCCUCAGCCACUGGAAGAAAUCUGCAUAUGCUAUUACAAUGAGAGCAUCUAGGCUGAGACAGGGACAGGAAGAGGUGUCAGGGAAAGACAUGAUAACAGCAACGCAGCCCCAGCAGAGAAUCACCUCCAUGUUUCAAUUCUGCCGUCAAAUAACUGCUGUGGACAAGAUGCUCCACUCCUGGAGGAAUAUGAAAUUGGAUCUCCCUUCACAAACUCCAGCUCCUCAGGUCACCUACUCCCCAGAGCAAUUCCUGCCAGAGGUGGACGGUGUUGCCAUGACCCAUGACAGCUUGACCCUUGACCUAUUCAUGCUGGGAUACUUCCACAUCUUGGAACAAGAGCUGUCGCCUGAGGAGAGGAAAAUGAGGCAUCUCCUCUGCUUUGAGGUCUUUGACCAUGUUGGCAGUUUCCCCUGGGAGACGGUCCGAGACUUCCACAAGGCUGUUCUCCAGGAGAUCCAGGCUGGGAGGCAACAGUGGAGUGACGGCUUUGAGGACAUCAAGGUACGCUUCUUUGGGGACUCAAAAGAAUGCCGCUGUCCAUCAUCAUCAUCAUCGUUGCUAGAUAACAGACUGGUACCAAAGGUCAUAGUUCAAACUGCUAUUCCAGAUGACUGUGGCAAUGACACAGACUUCUCAUGUUUCGACAAUGACGACAUAUGUAAAUAUAUUGACCGCAGUUUUGCUUUUUGGAAGGAGAAGGAGGCAGAGCUGUUUGAUUUUGAGCCUCUUUGUGCUUUGUCACAGAGAGCUGGCACGCUGCAGUUCACCAUUUUACUCCACCGCUCCUGCCUCAUGAGCUGCAUAUCACCACCAUACAGCGGCGCUUUUGGCCUCCACCGCGUGACCACGAGGCCUGCCAUCUGCAUAGACAAGGUGCACUGCCUCACCACCUACUGGGGGCUGCUGGAAUUACAAGCACAAGCAAAACACCAGUGA